UGUCAUUUUCUCCCCUUCAAUUCUCUCUCCAGGGCUUCCACUGCACGAUAACUCAUUUAAGGUUGCUUAGCUUUUCCCCACACAACUUUCCCAUUGCCAGACAGUUUAACUUCUUGAGAGAGAUGGGAACACUAAGACCGCGUUUGGCUCUGGGAUUUGCCAUACUUUUAUGUACUUUCUUCUUCAUGUUCCAUGUUCAUGGACAAGAUCACCAUGAUCAGAUUAGAAAAAUCCAAGAUUUUCGUGAUUCUCUUCUCCAAACAGACCCCACCCUUCCUCCAUUGCCAAGCCCUACACCAUCUCCAACUCCAUCUGGUGCACCUUUUCAACCAAGCGUGUAUCAGGUGACAUCGUACGGUGCAGAUCCGACCGGAAAAGAGGACAGCACAGAGGCGGUGAUGAAUGCGAUUACAGAUGCUCUUAAUGGCCCCAGUGAUGGGUCCUUGUUUUCCGGGAUUCAGAAUCUCGGCGGCGCACGGGUUGAUCUUGAAGGUGGGACUUACGUCAUUUCCCGGCCGCUGCAGUUCCCGGUGGUCGGCCGCGGCAAUCUCAUGAUACAUGGUGGAACAUUAAAGGCGUCGGACACUUUCCCGGGGGAUAAAUAUAUCAUCGAUUUAACGGCGCCGUCCGGCGGCGGUCCGGCGUAUAGUUUUGAGUUCAUAACCUUCAGAGACCUAUUAUUGAACUCAAAUUUCAGGGGAGGAGGGAUUCAGGUGGAGAAGUCACUAAGAAUCAGCAUCGAUAAUUGUUACAUUACCCAUUUCACAACAAACGGCAUUUUGGUAAAAAGCGGCCACGAAACCUACAUCAGAAACACCUUCCUAGGCCAGCACAUCACCGCCGGCGGCGAUCCCGGCGAGCGGAGUUUCUCCGGCACGGCGAUCAAUUUAAUGGGGAACGACAACGCUCUCACCGACGUGGUGAUCUUCUCCGCCCAAAUCGGGGUAAUGAUUUCCGGCCAAGCGAAUUUGCUCUCCGGCGUGCAUUGCUACAACAAGGCCACCGGAUUCGGCGGGAUCGGAAUUUACGUAAAACUCCCCGGCAAAACACAGACGAGGAUCGUGAAUUCCUACAUGGAUUACACCGGAAUUGUCGCCGAGGAUCCCGUCCAGCUCCACAUCUCCAACACUUUUUUCCUCGGCGACGCCAACGUUGUACUGAAAUCCGUCAACGGAAUUAUCGCCGGCGUCAACAUCGUCGACAACAUGUUUUCCGGCUCCGGCAAGGGGAUCGGCAUCGUGCAAUUGGACCAGAAAAACAAGGCGUUCGCGGCGAUUGAUGAGGUCGUCGUCGACAGAAAUAACGUACGAGGGAUGAAGGUGAAAUCCACCGUUGGUCGAGGGAGUGUUCAAGGAAACGGAACGAAAUGGACCGUUGAUCUUAACCCGGUUCUUCUCUUCCCUAAUCUUGUGAAGCACGUGCAAUACAGUUUUAGUUCGAGUGAUGAAAACUUAUUUCCCAAACAUGCACUGAGAAGCACGUGGGACAACCGAGUUGUGAUUGAGUCCGACGUGGAAGUGGCGGCGGAGGUUUUCGUCACCGUUGAUCAGAGCAAGUCUUAAUCUAUUAAGGUGACGAUUGAGUUUUAGGGUAAGCCAAAACCAAAAUUGUGUAUAAUCUCAAAGUAUACAUUCUUUGGAAAGACAAUAAAAUAUUUAAUUUAGAGUUCUUUGGAACAUUUAUUUCCAAUCAAGAAGUAUACUCCAAAUUCCAAGAUGUAAAUUUGGAAAUGGUUAUCAGUUCUAAUAAAA